AAAUCAAAAACCCUAGUUUAUUUUUUUAAAAGAUUCCAAAUAAACCCACGAGAGAUUUCAUCUUGUGUUGUCUGCGUGCGACGUAAAGUUUUCGUUUAUUUGUCUCCUUCCCCCGUUUCCAGCUCGAUUGCUGUUGAUAUCUUGUCCAUUUGUUUCGUCUACAGAACCCGUGAACUGAGAGAGAAAGAAGAAACAAAACCCUAACCUUUUAGGGUUCUUUUUUUUUUCUCUUCUUCUUUUUUGGAUGAAGAGAAUGGGGAGAUGCAAAAAGCAACUCACUUGGGUUUGUUAGUGUAGCUGCAUUUCUCAAAGGCUUGGUAUUUGGCUGAAAUUCUUGAAAAAGAAUUCAUUUUGGCGCAAUAUUGUUAAUAGAAGAGAGUCAGAGAUUGCUAAAGAGAAAUUGCCUGCAAACAUGAGGAGCCCCUGUUCUUGUUUCCUAAUCUUAUGCUUACUAAUGAUUUUAGCCCCAUAUACAACCCAACUUCAAUCCUCACAAGCUUGGUCCCUACUCAGAAUACAGCGCUUGUUAAACUACCCAUCGUUUCUAAGCAGUUGGAAUAAGUCCCCAGACUUCUGCAUCUCUGAGCCCAAUCCAUUUGUAACUAUAGUUUGCUAUGACGAUAGCAUCACCCAACUUCAAAUUUCAGGGAACUCCACUCCGCCGCCACUUCCGCAGAGUUUCUCCAUCGACUCCUUCUUCACUACCCUCACAAGACUUCCGAACUUGAAAGUCCUCUCCUUGACAAAUCUCGGAUUGUGGGGGGCCUUACCGAGCAAAAUAUCGCGGUUAUCUUCCUUAGAAAUUGUUAACAUGAGCUCCAAUUUCUUGUAUGGACCAAUUCCUCAUGAAGUUUCCAACUUGAAGAGCCUCCAGACUCUGAUUCUUGAUCAUAACAUGUUUGCUGGUAGGGUUCCUGAUUGGUUGGGUGGUCUUUCGCUUCUAGCGGUUGUUAGCAUGAAGAACAAUACGCUUAAUGGGUCGUUGCCAGAUUCACUUAAGAAUUUGGAGUCACUCAGAGUUCUUGAUCUCUCACUGAAUAAUUUCUCUGGGCCUUUACCGGAUCUCAGUGGGCUGACGAAUCUUCAAGUUCUUGAUUUGGAGGGAAAUUAUUUGGGGCCUCAGUUUCCGAUGUUGGGGAAAAAAGUGGUGAUUCUUGAUUUGAGAAGGAAUAGAUUUACUGGUGGGCUUCCUUCAGAUUUGAGCUCCUAUUAUCAUCUCAAGAAGUUCGAUGUUUCUUUGAAUAGUUUCGUAGGGCCUUUUAUGCCCGCUUUGUUAUCUCUUCCAUUGAUUCGGUAUUUAGACAUUGCCGGAAAUAGAUUUACAGGGAUGCUAUUUCAAAAUAUGUCGUGUAAUGAGCAGCUUGAGUAUGUGGAUUUGUCAGCAAAUCUUUUGACUGGAAACUUGCCAACAUGUUUGAUUUCAGAUCCUAAGAGUAAAGUUGUUUCAUAUUCUGCAAAUUGUUUAGCUUCGAACGAUCGAAGUCAGCAUCCAAACUCAUUCUGUCAGACCCAAGCUUUGGCUGUGGGGAUUUUGCCUGACAAACAAAAGAAGGCUUCAUCUCAUAAGGUGAUUAUUGCGAUUAGUGUAGUGGCAGCGGUUGUUGUGGCCUCUUCGCUUGUGGCUUUAUUGUUCUUUUUCGUGUUUAGAAGGUCGAGCGCUAGGAGGGCAGCAACAACAAAACCUCCAAGGAGAUUGAUUGAGCAUGCAUCUAAUGGAUACCCUUCGAAGAUGUUGGCUGAUGCAAGAUACAUAUCACAAACAAUGAAGCUAGGAGCACUUGGUGUUCCUUCAUACAGGUCAUUUUCUUUGGAGGAGCUCGAAGCAGCGACAAACAAUUUCAAUUCAUCAACUUUCAUGGGUGAAGGAUCUCAUGGUCAGAUGUACAGAGGAAGGCUUAAAGAUGGUUCUCUGGUUGCAAUAAGAUGCCUGAAACUAAAAAAGAGCCACAGUUCCCAAAACUUCAAUCGCCACAUUGAAUUGAUCUCAAAGCUUAGAUAUCGGCAUUUAGUCAGUGCUCUUGGCCACUGCUUUGAGUACUACCUUGAUGAUUCAACCGUUAGCAGAUUAUUUCUCAUCUUCGAAUAUGUGUCAAACGGGACACUAAGAAGCAAUAUUUCAGAGGAAGGAGGAGGACAAAAGCUCACAUGGACACAGAGAAUAGCUGCUGCCAUUGGAGUGGCAAAGGGCGUCCAGUUUUUGCAUGCUGGAAUUAUACCUGGUUUAUUUGCAAAUGAUCUGAAAACAACAAAUAUACUCCUUGAUCAGAAUCUGGUUGCAAAAAUCAGCAGCUAUAAUUUGCCUGUGCUAGCAGAGAAUAUGAAAAAUGAGGUGAUAGGUGGAAGUUCUUCAAAUGGUUCGAAGAUGUCCAAUGAGAGGUGUGUUGUGAAUGUCAGGAUAAAACAUGGGGAUAAAGUUGACAUCUAUGACUUUGGUGUCAUAUUAUUGGAAAUGAUAUCUGGGAGAUCAAUAUCAUCUCAAGCUGAUGUUGAAACGGUAAAAGAUCAGCUACAAGCAAGCACCACAUUCGAUGGUAGUGCUAGCAAGAAAAACAUAGUAGAUCCAGUAGUCCGACGGGGUUGCUGUCAUGAGUCACUGAAGACCGUUAUUGAAAUUUGUUUCCGUUGCUUAUCCAAGCAGCCGAUCAAUAGACCUUCAGUCGAAGAUGUGCUGUGGAACUUGCAGUUCGCUGCUCAGGUACAAGAGGCAUGGAGAGGAGAUAAUCAUAGCAGUGAAGGCUCGUCAGUGGCCCCUUCUCCUAUCAACUAGAAUGCAUAAAUGAUUAUGACGAGAUAUGUCAUUCGGCUCCGAAUCUUUGAAUGUCUGUGCAUCCUCAAGAUGUUGCGGUUUCUUGAUUUGUCGGGACUGAACUCGGAUUUGUAAUGUAAUUAUGUAAAAAUGGCCUUGUAAAACUAGUGCAAGUCAUAAAUGUAAGCUUCUUUUGAAUCUUUAAUUCUAUUGCCUUUGUUAGUGGAUUUAAAGCUUGCAAUA